AGAGAGAGAGAGAGAGAGUUGGAGGGAGCGGGCUCGUGGGAACAAAAGGGAAAAGAGAAAGCGGGCAUCGAUGGAUCGCCGCCUCCCCCUGCUCCUCCUCCGACUCCCUUCCUUCCAUGGCCUUUCGCCUUCUCUCGUACCGAAUCCACGCUUAGCGACGGGAGCUCGAUGGCCGUCUGCGCCCUCACCGGCGGUUGCGUCACCGAUUACAUCGCCGUCGCCAUCUCCGGCCUCUCUCUCUUCUUGCUUCUUGCUCGUGCAGUAUUCCCCUUUCUAGUUCAGAAGGCUCCUAGCACGAAAGCCAGUGGUUUGUCACUUGUGAUAAUUCAAAUUAUUGGAAGCAUCAACCUGAUAUUAUCAUUAGUGAUGUCGGUUAAUUUUCUGAAGUGGAAUCAAAGACAGCCUUGGCAGUCAUGCUACAUCUGGGCAGGUUCUUACUUGGCUUACUUGGUUUUGCUCUCUGUUUGGGCUGAAGGUCCACUUGGGUUUGGUUUGUUGAUGAGCUGUCGGAUUGUACAGGCCUUCCAGCUAUAUCAUGUGUUUGUUAAGCGUCGAUUACCUCCAGUAAAACCAUUUGUUUUACUUAUACUGAUUCUCCUACCAUGGAUUGGUGGGGCUGCAUUUAUUCAUAUAAAUAAACCACUGAAUCAUCAGUGCCAUAUGCGGACUCAAUGGGUGAUACCAGUUGUAUGUAUUCAUGCAUUUUACAUUGCUGCAUUGAUUGGUGUUACAAGAGCUGUUCGGCAUAUUGAAUUCAGGUUUCAUGAAUUCAAAGAUCUAUUACAGGGUAUAAUUGUGUCAUCCAUUGCAGUAGGAUUUUGGAUUGGUGCUUAUAUUUUGAAUGAAGUCCAUGAAGAUAUUCUAUGGGUUCAAGUUGUUUCUAGAUUCUUGCUGUUAGUCACGGCAAGUGUGCUUGUGCUGGUUUUCUUUUCAAUGUCGGUUUCUCAACCUCUGCUGUCUCAAAUAAGCUUAAGGAAAAGAGAAUCCACGGAGUUUGUAACUAUGGGCCAAGCUUUGGGGAUACCAGGCUGUGGAUUGCUCGUACAGACAGCAUCUGUGGCAGGUGUAGAUCUUCAUCAACCUUUGGACAAACUGCUGCAGGACAAGAGGUUUCGUCAAUCUUUCAUGGACUUUGCAGACAGUUGUCUUGCUGGUGAGAGUGUUCAUUUCUUUGAAGAAGUACAUGAGCUGGGCAAGAUACCUCUCGAUGAUCCUGUAAGAAGAAUUUACAUGGCAAGGCACAUCAUUGAGAAUUACAUUGUUACUGGUGCAGAAAUGGAGAUAAAUAUAUCUCACAGGACCCGUCAGGAAAUACUAGGCACCCUGGAUCUUGCUCACCCUGAUCUCUUCAACCAUGCAGUAAAUGAGAUGAUGCAGUUGAUGAAAAUGAAUUUGUUGAAAGAUUACUGGUCAUCUAUGAAUUUUGUGAAGUUCAAAGAAGAAAAUCCAAGACAACCUGACAGUUCUGAGCCUGCGGGGUGGGAUCUCUCUCCAAGACUAAGUUGUGUGCGGUGCACUGACAAUCCAUUUAAUCACGAACAAUUGCAUAAAUGCCCCUCGGGGCGCAAAUGUGAUGUGUAACUUGAGGACAUGCUUGCUUUUUUUAUUGAACCUAGUAUCAUCUUAGCUUGCCCUCAAAAUUGCUGUUAGUUUUGUUUAUAUGUAGUCUUCUGGUAAGAGAUUGUGUUAAUAGUUGAGAGGAUGCUGAUGCUGCCAUUGUACAGACUCUAUCAAAGACUUUGUGGUUGAAGUGGAGAGGAUUGUGUCGAGUAAUAUGGUCAAUUUUGGCAUCAAGCAGCUUAAAUAAACUUAGAUGUCAGGAUGGUGUGUAACCCUUGAUCUCAUUAAAGCUUUGUAAGAGAGUAUCCUCCAUGCCA